GGUCCCAGCCUGUCUCACUUGGAACUCCACUGCAGGACGUUUUCCACUGGAACCACUUUUCUGCAUAGUUUCUCCUUAUACAGCUGAAGGAAAACUGUCUCAUUGAAAAGAACUUCUUUAAGGCUUUUGUUUUGCAAAGAUAAUCCACUGGACCAAAUGGUGAAAGAUAUACAGUGCUACUGCGGAGUGAAUGUUGGAGAUGUAAUUAGCAACGUUUUGGAAACAAAGAUGAAGUAAUGGGGGAGACCAUCAAGCAUAAGAUUAGAGAAGAACAGAGGGUGAGAUUAAGGAGAAAGCUUAUGGGAUCUUAGUUCUCCAACCAGGGAUUGAACCUGGGCCCUCAGCAGUGAGGGCGUGGAGUCUUAACCACUGGACCGCCAGGGAAUUCCCACAUUUGCUAUUUCAAUAAACAUCUUAUAUAUAGUUAAGGGCAGACAGCCAACAGAUUGGUAUCAGAUAUUAGCAAAUUACAACCCAUCAUCACUGAUAUUUCAUACUGUCUUAUAUAUGUGGUUUGUAUUAAGAGUAUAGGGCUUAGAGAGAGUUGAGCUCCUUGGAGAAGUGGCUGAUACCAAUUCUGCGCCAGGAAAUGCACAAAAUAUGUCUGGAAUAUCUUGUCCUAUGUGAAAGACAAGGAAACUAUUAAAGAUGACGGAAUUCAUGUUAAAUGGACACCAGAGCCAAUUUGAAGGGGUUGCACUUGCCAAAGAUGAGGUAAUAUUAGCAGCAAAAAAGAAUAAUAAUGAUAAUGGAUUGAGAUACAUCAAAUAUGUUAAAAUCCAUUAGUUCUUAAUGAUGCUCACAUACAAAAACUCUCAUUAGUCAUCUUUGGAAGAUGGUAUGAAACCAAAACUUUAUGCUGAAAACUGGUAAAUGGAGUAAAACAAUCAAGCAUUUAUAUUAAAUUUUUUUGUACAAAUAGUAUUUAAGGGUGCCAAGUAGUUAAUUUGGGAAAGACUUUUUAAAAGAAUUUCAGCGAAUAACUGUGGAAGCAAUGGUAGAAUUAGAAUAUCACCAUUGAACUCCUAAUGAAAUAAUGGAUUUAGGCCAUGAUCAUUAAUGGCUCUUAAAACCAUUAGGUGAAUUGCUAAUGGGGAGCUUUAUAAUGGUAGAUCAGGCUGACAACAGCAAGCCUACUGCCCAGUCUUAAUGUCACAAAAAUGAGAAAGAACUAGACAUUAUGUUUCUCCUAAUGGAAUUACACAAUACUCCUAUAAAAUAGUCAUGCUAGGGCUUCCCUGGUGGCGCAGUGGUUGAGAGUCCGCCUGCCGAUUACAGGCGACACAGGUUCGUGCCCCGGUCUGGGAAGAUCCCACAUGCCGCGGAGCAGCUGGGCCCGUGAGCCAUGGCCGCUGAGCCUACGCGUCCGGAGCCUGUGCUCCGCAACGGGAGAGGACACAACGUUUUGGUGGCUGCGAAAUCCAAGAUCAAGGUGCUGGCCAGUUCAGUUUCUGGUGAGAGCUCUCUUCCUGGCUGGAAAAUGGCCACCUUGCUGUGUCCUCACAAGGGAAGAACCAAAUCUGACUACACGUUGGAUCUGUUUCUUUUACUUUGCUUCCCGUUGCUCUUGUUCACCAAAAGGAUACUGUCUAUACACAAUGGCCUGCCUCAGGGAACCCGGCCCCUCUGCCUGAAAUGUUAAACCAAAGUGCCUUUGUUCAGCGAAACAUCCUGACCCUCUCCACCUGUGCCUGGCUGCAAGAAGGAAGAAAUUAACACAUCCCCUCCUCAGGCUGGCCAUUCCAGGGAACAUUUGCAAAUCUUAUGGCCAUUUUACUUUACUUCCUCACCUCCUCCCCCAUCUCUGUUCUAUAGAAGAAACUGGCAUCCAAACCCCGUAAGAUGGACUUUUUGGAAACACUAGUCUACCAUCCUCUCGGUCCGCUGGCUUUCUGAAUAAGGUCACAUUCCUUGCCUCAGCCCCUCGUCUCCGAUUUAUUGGCCUGUCGUGCGGCGAGCAGAGCAAGGUUGGAUUGGUAACAAAUUUGGCUUAGCCAGCAAGGAGCCUUGCUGCUCGUGGCUAGCUGGCCCCUCUCAGGAAACAUUGGAGCAAGGCCUUAGCAGCUGCCAGGACCACCUGUCCUGAGGAUCUUCCCUUCAAAAUUCCCUGAAGCGGCACCAGCUACCCCAGUGCUUGGCAGUUGAGGCAAGGAACCGACCAACUUCUGCGAGUCGAUGGACUCGAUUUUGUAGGGAUAAGCCAAUUUGUUUGAUUGGAGUACCCUGUUGGAGGGGGAAUUGUUGUUGGACUCCACCUGAUUUGGAACCGUAUCGUUGGGAGCUAGUUCACUGGUUUUGUAGGAAAGAAGCUGGCAUCCAAACCCCAUAAGCUGGUUUUUUUUUGGAGACAUUAGUCUGAUAUCUUCAGGGUCUGCCGCCUAUCUGAAUAAAGUCAUAUUCCUUGCCUCAGCACCUCGUCUCCGAUUUAUUGGCCUGUCGUGCAGCGAGCAGAGCGAGCUUCGACUUGGUAACCCUUUCAAGUAGGUCUCUGGACUCCGACAGAUCUAGCGGGAAACCUGCUGCUACCAGUUACCGUUGCGAGAGGCAUAAUUUCUGUGUCUGCAGUUAUGCCUGAGUCAAACACCCUCCUUCCAGCUGGCUAUGCCUUUGAGAUGGAAAUCCGAACAAAGUGAGAAGGCAUUGACUACUAGAGAUGUCAAUAAAGAAAAUACAAAGAAGAAAGAAAAGAAAAAAGGAAGUUGAGUUCUCUUAUAGGCCCCAGGAUAGAACUUAUACCAUUCUGUCGUUUACCAGCUGGGUGAACUUGCAGAAGCCACGUCACCAUUUUGAGACUCAGCUCGUCAUUUAUUAAACGCAGGCUGCCCGGGGAGCACGAGAGAAUUGACAAGAACAGACACCGUUGCAGCCCACAGGCAUGCCUGACUGCACUUGAGUCGGAUCGCUAGGACGCAGCCUCCGCUUCAACUAUUUGUGGCCGAAAAAAAGGAAAGGAGACUAGAAACGGCAUUGCAAGUGGUGUUCCUGAAAGGAAAACACAGGCGCUCCAGAAGGAGGGGAGGAACAGCCCAGCUGGUGUGUGCAUUUUUUUUAAAAGGAGAAUCCCUCAGGGUCCUGUGAAAUCAGGCAAGCAAUUCACCACUGCUCACGAGUCCACGUAUAUUCUUACCAUGGACCACUUCUCUUUCCAACAAAGUGGAUGAUCAGGUACUGCAUGAAGUUAUGUGGCAAUGAAAGCGAUUCACGAAACCCCUCCUCCAAGAGUGAAUGAAUGUCUUUCAUAAAUGGAGCUUGGCUUCUGGUUUUCCCAGGACACUGACAUUGUGGCAGAGACACAGCGGCUCUUCCUGCUAUUUUCAGUGAUUCACAGAACAUCUGAACAGUGAUGCUGGCCUUGGAUUUACAGAUUUCCAUCCUGAUACCUUAUUUACUUCUUUGGGGCAGAAAAGCUUGCACUAAUUGCUCUCCAUGGUGGCUAAUCUUUUCAAGAGCCUGAUUUUACCUUACAUCCAUAAGCUUUGCAAAGGAAUGUUUGCAAAGAAAUUGGGAAAUACAACCAAAAAAAAAGAGAAUCGUCAGCUGAAAAAGGAUCAAGACAUUCUUAUUGCUGGCCAGACCAAACCCACUAAAUUUUCUAAUACCUUGAAAAGCACUGUAAAGAAGAUUGCAAAGUGUUCAUCCGCUCGCAACUUAUCCACUAAAGAAGACAAGGCUAACAAAGAAUUUUCCCUCUCCCCCACGUUCAGUUACCGAGUAGCUAUUGCCAAUGGCCUCCAGAAAAAUAUUCAUAUAACCAGUGGUGAGAAUGAGGAUAUCCUUCAGGAGUUAUCUUCCAUCGAGAGUUCCUACUCAGAAUCACUCAGUGAACUAAGGAGCAGUACAGAAAACCAGGCACAGUCAACACACACGAUGCCAGUUAGACGCAACAGGAAGAGUUCAAGCAGCCUGGCACCCUCAGAAGGGAGCUCCGAUGGGGAACGCACUCUGCAUAGCUUAAAACUAGGAGCUUUACGCAAACUGAGGAAAUGGAAAAAGAGUCAAGAGUGUGUCUCCUCGGAUUCAGAGUUGAGCACAGUGAAGAAAACCUGGGGAAUCAGAAGCAAAUCUUUGGACAGAACUGCCCGAAACCCAAAGACCAGUGCCCUGGAGGCCGGAUUCAGUUCCUCUGGCUGCAUUAGCCAAACACAGGAUGUCAUGGAAAUGAUCUUUAAGGAACUUCAGGGAAUAAGUCAGAUUGAAACCGAACUUUCUGAACUCCGAGGGCAUGUCAAUGCUCUCAAGCAUUCUAUCGAUGAGAUCUCCAGCAGCGUGGAGGUUGUACAAAGUGAAAUUGAGCAGCUCCGUACAGGGUUUGUCCAGUCUCGGAGGGAAACCAGAGACAUCCAUGAUUAUAUUAAACAUUUAGGUCACAUGGGUAGCAAGGCAAGCCUGAGAUUCUUAAAUGUGCCCGAAGAAAGAUUUGAAUACACUGAAAGUGUAGUGUACCAAAUUCUCAUAGAUAAAAUGGGUUUUUCAGAUGCACCAAACGCUAUUAAAGUUGAAUUUGCUCAGAGGAUAGGACACCAAAGGGAUUGCCCCAAUGCAAAGCCUCGACCCAUCCUUGUGUAUUUUGAAACCCCUCAGCAAAGGGAUUCCGUCUUAAAAAAAUCAUAUAAACUCAAAGGAACAGGCAUCGGAAUCUCGACAGAUAUUCUUACUCAUGACAUCAAAGAAAGAAAAGAGAGAGGGAUACCAUCCUCCCAGACAUAUGAGAGCAUGGAUAUAAAGCUGUCUACUCCAGAGCCCAAAAUCAAGAAGAACAGUUGGCAGUCACCUGAUGACAGUGAUAGAGAGCUGGAAUCUGACCUCAAUAGAAACAGUUAUGCUGUGCUUUCCAAGUCAGAGUUUCCAACAAAAGGAAGUGCUUCCAAGUCAAGUUCAAAAUCACACAAUGCUAGAGCCAAGAAUAAAACUUCUAGUAGCAGCAGAAUUGCAAAUAAAUCAGAAUAUGAUAAAAUUUCCUUGUAUUUGCCAGAAUCGGAUAACUUGGCAAAGCAAACCACAACCUAUUAUGCAGACGCAACACCUCUCUGGCACUCACAGAGUGAUUUUUUCACCACUAAACUUAGUCGUUCUGAGUCAGACUUUUCCAGAUUGUGUCGAUCUUAUUCGGAGGAUUUUUCAGAAAAUCAGUUUUUCACUAGAACUAAUGGAAGCUCCCUCCUGUCGUCUUCAGACCGGGAACUUUGGCAGAGGAAACAGGAUGGCACGCCUACCUUGUAUGACAGCCCUCAGGAUCAGUGUUUGAAUGGGGCUUCUCAGGGUGUCCAAGUACAGAGUGAAAUUGAGAACGCAGAAACUGUGGACAGUGGAGUGAGUAAUAGCAUGGUGUGUGCAUCUGGAGACCAGAGUCACUACAGUGAUUCUCAGCUCUCUUUACAUGAAGAUCUUUCUCCAUGGAAGGAAUGGAAUCAAGUAGAGCAAGGAGCUGAUUUAGGUUUAGAUUCAUCCACCCAGGAAGUUUUUGACUAUGACACAAACAGUCUAUCUGAUCAACAACUAGAUGUUUACCAUAAAGACCUAGAAGACUUGGGAAAGUGCCACAGUGUCCUUCACGAUGACUCUGAGAGCUAUGAUUUAACCCAAGAUGACAGCUCAUCUCCAUGCCCUGGGUUGGAUAAUGAACCACAAGGACAGUGGGUUGGCCAAUAUAAUUCUUACCAGGAAGCUAAUUCUAAUGAGCUGUACCAAAACCAAAGCCAGUUGUCCAUGAUGUAUCGAAGUCAAAGUGAAUUGCAAAGUGAUGAUUCAGAGGAUGCCCCACCCAAAUCUUGGCAUAGUCGAUUAAGCAUUGACCUUACUGAUAAGGCUUUCAGCUUCCCAAAAUUUGGAUCCACACUACAGAGGGCUAAAUCAGCCUUGGAAGUGGUAUGGAACAAAAGCACACAGAGUCUCAGUGGGUAUGAGGACAGCGGCUCUUCCUUAAUUGGGAGAUUUCGAACAUUAUCCCAGUCAACUGCAAAUGAGUCAAGUACCACGCUUGACUCUGAUGUCUACACAGAGCCUUAUUACUACAAAGCAGAGCAUGAGGAGGACUAUAGUGAACCAGCGGCUGAUAAUGAAACAGAUUAUGUUGAGGUGAUGGAACAAGUCCUUGCUAAGCUAGAAAACAGGACUAGUAUUACUGAAUCAGAUGAACAAAUUCAGGAAUAUGAUCACCCUUCAUAUGAAACACCUUAUGAAACCCCACAAGAUGAGGGUUACGAUGGGCAGGAAGAUGAUGUGGCUAAUGAAGGGGGAUUGGAACCCUUAAAGGAAACAUCAGCUGAAAUGAAAAUAAAAGAAGAUGAAAACCAAAACAUCCCUGAAAAGCCCCUGGAAAUCAUAAAGCCAAAGAAGAUUCGUCCCUCCUUCAAAGAAGCAGCUUGGAAAGCCUAUAAGAAGCAAAUGGCAGAAUUGGAAGAGAAGAUCCUGGCUGGAGAUAGCAGUUCUGUGGAUGAAAAGGCUCGAAUAGUAAGUGGCAGUGAUUUGGAUGCUUCCCAGUUCUCUGCACUUCAGGCGUUUGGUGGAGCCGGUUGGGGACUUUAUGGUAUUGAUAGUAUGCCAGAUCUCCGAAGGAAAAAAACUCUGCCUAUUGUACGAGAUGUGACCCUGGCUGCCCGGAAAUCUGGACUCUCCCUGGCUAUGGUGAUUAGGACAUCUCUAAAUAAUGAGGAAUUGAAAAUACAUGUCUUCAAGAAGACUUUGCAGGCACUGAUCUACCCCAUGUCCUCCACCACCCCACACAACUUUGAGGUCUGGACGGCUACGACACCUACCUACUGUUACGAGUGUGAAGGGCUCCUGUGGGGCAUUGCCCGGCAAGGCAUGAAGUGUUCAGAGUGUGGAGUGAAGUGCCACGAAAAGUGUCAGGACCUCCUGAACGCGGACUGUUUGCAGAGAGCGGCAGAAAAGAGUUCUAAGCAUGGUGCGGAAGACAAGACUCAGACCAUUAUUACAGCCAUGAAAGAAAGAAUGAAGAUCAGGGAGACAAACAGGCCAGAGGUGUUUGAAGUAAUUCAGGAAAUGUUUCAGAUUUCUAAAGAAGAUUUUGUGCAGUACACAAAGGCGGCCAAACAGAGUGUACUGGACGGGACAUCUAAGUGGUCAGCAAAAAUAACCAUUACAGUGGUUUCUGCACAAGGCUUGCAGGCAAAAGACAAAACAGGGUCAAGUGACCCAUAUGUUACAGUUCAAGUCGGAAAGAACAAAAGAAGAACUAAAACCAUUUUUGGAAACUUGAAUCCAGUAUGGGAUGAGAAGUUUUAUUUUGAGUGCCAUAACUCCACAGAUCGAAUCAAAGUCAGAGUGUGGGAUGAAGAUGAUGACAUUAAAUCCAGAGUGAAGCAACAUUUCAAAAAGGAGUCAGAUGAUUUUCUGGGACAAACAAUUGUAGAAGUGAGGACCCUGAGUGGAGAAAUGGAUGUCUGGUACAAUUUAGAGAAACGGACAGAUAAAUCAGCUGUGUCUGGGGCCAUUCGAUUGAAAAUCAAUGUGGAAAUAAAAGGAGAGGAGAAGGUUGCUCCGUAUCAUUUACAAUAUACAUGUUUACAUGAGAAUUUGUUCCAUUACUUGACUGAAGUGAAAUCUAAUGGUGGAGUGAAAAUCCCAGAGGUCAAAGGGGAUGAAGCCUGGAAGGUUUUCUUUGAUGAUGCCUCCCAAGAAAUAGUCGAUGAAUUUGCCAUGCGUUACGGGAUUGAAUCCAUUUAUCAAGCUAUGACGCACUUUUCAUGUCUGUCUUCUAAAUACAUGUGCCCCGGUGUCCCUGCUGUAAUGAGUACCUUGCUGGCAAAUAUAAAUGCUUUCUAUGCCCACACAACUGUUACAACAAAUGUACAGGUUUCUGCCUCAGAUCGAUUUGCUGCUACCAACUUUGGUAGGGAAAAAUUCAUAAAACUACUGGACCAGUUGCAUAACUCUUUAAGGAUUGACCUGUCAAAGUAUAGGGAAAACUUUCCCGCCAGCAAUGCUGAAAGAUUGCAAGACCUGAAAUCAACUGUUGACCUGCUAACAAGUAUCACCUUUUUUAGGAUGAAGGUUCUGGAGCUGCAAAGCCCCCCAAAGGCCAGCGUGGUGGUGAAAGACUGUGUCAGGGCUUGCCUGGAUUCUACGUACAAGUAUAUUUUUGACAAUUGCCAUGAACUCUAUUCCCAGCUAAUAGACCCGAGUAAGAAACGGGACAUUCCUCGGGAAGAUCAGGGACCAACCACCAAGAAUUUGGAUUUUUGGCCCCAACUUAUUACACUGAUGGUCACGAUUAUUGAUGAGGAUAAAACUGCCUACACUCCUGUCCUGAAUCAGUUUCCUCAAGAACUGAACAUGGGAAAAAUAAGUGCUGAAAUUAUGUGGACCCUUUUUGCUCAGGAUAUGAAAGAUGCACUAGAAGAACAUGAAAAGCAGCGGUUAUGCAAGAGUACCGAUUAUAUGAAUUUGCAUUUCAAAGUGAAAUGGUUUUAUAUUGAAUAUGUGCGAGAACUUCCUGCCUUCAAGGAUGCCGUUCCUGAAUAUUCCUUGUGGUUUGAACCUUUUGUCAUGCAGUGGCUAGAUGAAAAUGAAGACGUGUCAAUGGAGUUCCUUAAUGGAGCCCUGGGAAGAGACAAAAAAGAUGGAUUCCAGCAGACAUCUGAUCACGCACUGUUUUCUUCCUCUGUGGUUGAUGUCUUUGCUCAGCUUAAUCAGAGCUUUGAGAUUAUUAAGAAACUGGAAUGCCCCAAUCCUGAAGCAUUAGCUCACUUAAUGAGAAGAUUUGCAAAGACCAUCAAUAAAGUUCUGCUUCAGUAUGCUGCAAUUGUAUCAAGUGAUUUCAGUUCAUACUGUGAUAAGGAAAAUGUGCCCUGUAUAUUGAUGAACAAUAUUCAACAAUUGCGGGUUCAGCUGGAAAAAAUGUUUGAAUCCAUGGGAGGAAAAGAGCUAGAUCCUGAAGCUAGUACUAUUCUAAAAGAACUUCAGGUUAAACUCAGUGGGGUUCUGGAUGAGCUCAGUGUCACUUAUGGUGAAAGUUUCCAGCUUAUCAUUGAAGAGUGCAUAAAACAGAUGAGUUUUGAACUAAAUCAAAUGAGAGCAACUGGAAAUACCGCAUCUAAUAAGAACAGUACAGCCAUGGAUGCAGAGGUUGUAUUAAGACCUCUCAUGGACUUCUUGGACAAAAUAUUAAGUCUCUCAGCAAAAAUCUGUGAGAAAACAGUCCUGAAGCGAAUAUUGAAAGAACUGUGGAAGCUAGUUCUCAACAAAAUAGAAAAACAAAUUGUCCUCCCUCCUCUGACAGAUCAAACAGGACCCCAGAUGAUUUUCAUUGCAGCUAAAGAUCUGGGACAACUAUCCAAACUGAAGGAGCACAUGAUUCGAGAGGAUACCAAGGGUCUGACACCGAGACAGUGUACUAUAAUGGAGGUGGUCCUGGCUACCAUCAAGCAAUACUUUCAUGCAGGAGGAAAUGGCCUGAAAAAGAAUUUCUUGGAGAAAAGCCCAGAUCUUCAGUCUCUGAGAUACGCUCUCAGUCUUUAUACCCAAACAACUGAUGCCUUGAUAAAGAAAUUCAUAGACACUCAAACCUCACAGAGUCCCUCCUCCAGAGAUUCAGUGGGUCAGAUAUCUGUUCAUGUGGACAUCACCGCCACCCCAGGAACAGGAGAGCAUAAAGUCACUAUAAAAGUGAUUGCUAUUAAUGACUUAAACUGGCAGACCACUGCAACGUUCCGCCCCUUUGUGGAAGUUUGUAUGCUGGGACCCAACCUCGGAGACAAGAAGAGAAAACAAGGCACAAAGACAAAAAGCAACACAUGGUCACCAAAAUAUAACGAAACAUUUCAGUUCAUUCUGAGUAAAGAAAACCGCCCAUGGGCCUAUGAACUUCACCUUUCAGUUAAAGAUUACUGCUUUGCCAGAGAAGAUCGAAUUAUCGGAAUGACAGUAAUUCAGCUCCAGAACAUAGCAGAAAAAGGAAGCCACGGGGCAUGGUAUCCCCUAUUGAAAAACGUCUCUAUGGAUGAAACUGGUUUGACUAUCCUUAGAAUCCUCUCGCAGAGGACCAGUGACAAUGUGGCUAAAGAAUUUGUAAAACUUAAAUCUGAAACAAGAUCUGCUGAAGAGAGUGCUUGAAACAAACACUGCAAGGUAGCAUCUAGGAGAAUUCAUAAACUAUAACUGUUUGACUACUGCAUGCAUGUGCAAAUACACGGGAAUGUUUAUUUCACUACGUUUCAGUGUUUGCCAGUACUCAAGAACAAUGUCUACAAGGUAUGUGGAAAACCUGUGGAACUUUUAUACCACUUCUGGUCUUUGAGAAAUAAAUGUUCCAUGAAGUGCCAAAAUUAUGAUGUAAAGUGAAAUAUCCAGAGCAUCUUUUAAAAUGUUUAUUUCAUUACCAAUUUCUCAUCCAUUAAACAUACUAAAAAACAGUCUCUUAAGUUGGUCCAUUAGUUGUCCUUGUUACAUUGGUGUAUAUGGCCAGUAGGUAUGAAAGCAUCUGUUACUCAAAUUCUAUUUUAUUUAGACUUACCUCAUUAUAGAUGUCUUACAAAUACCCUUUUCUAUCAUGACUAGAAAUGCAGUUACUUCUAGAAAGCAUUUGUAAUUUUAUAGUUGCAGGUAUAUUGUGAUGAUUUUUGCAUACAUAUUAAAAUAGAAAAUGUGGGAAAUAUUUUAUGCCAACCGGUUUCCAACCUUUCUGAAAUCACUGUGAAGAAAUGCUCUUAAAGCAAACUUGUAAAAAGUAAUGCUAAAUAGUUUGUUAACAGUGUUUGAUAUAUCAACAGAACUUUGUUCUUUAAAACUGCCAAGGUCAUAUCACAUUUGUAAAAAAAAAAAAAAAAGGUAAGUUGAAGCAUUUGCCAUCUAGCAUUAUGUCUUGGCUUUACCAAAUUUCAUUCUUUAGAAAGUCAUAUGACUAAUGGUUUAGGAGUAUGAUGGAAGGUUUGUUUCUUAAAUUACCUAUGAUAAGUAAUUAUACUGUUAGUGUUUUCCUUCUGACAGUUAUGACUAACUCCUUAUUUACUGAGUGCUAUAAUCAGUUAAAUGCUUUUCUCUUUUUAGAAAUAUUCAACAGUUUUUACUGAAUGCAGCAUUACUAUAUAUUGCACUGGAGCAAAAUGUCACGUCUUCAACUAUUUAGUGAAAAAUGUAAAAUGAAGUCUGAAGAAAUUGCUUACAGUUUUGUAAUUUAUGUUAUUUAUAAGCCCAAGAUGCAUACAAUGCCAUAGGAAAACAACUUAUUACAGCUCGGUAGAUGAAAAUAUAACUAGGUUAGAGUGUGAAUAUGAAAUAGUCUAUGAAUAUUUGCAUUUUCUCUGUUUUAAUGGUUUGACUUUUUAGAAUCUGUACCUAAGUACUUGGCUGUAGAACAGGACUUUGUAGUUGUAACUUAUGGUCAUAACUGUUAGUGGGCAACAUACAUAUGCAGGAACAAGAUCCUGUUAUAGUGACUGUGCUUUGUGAACAAGCUGGUCUGAUAUGUUAAGAACAGAAAUGAAAAGUAUCAUGACUUUCAGAACCAUGCUGUUACUGGGUGUGAAAACACAGACAGUAAGAUCCACUAAUUCAUGUUAAAUUGAUAAGCAAGUGCUUUGUUAAUGACGUCUCCAAAUGCAUAGUACAAUGCAAUCCUCUGGCAUAUGCAUUAAUAAAUGGAUGUAUAUUGAGCACAUGCAAUA